AUGGCCUCUGAGGACCGCAUCACGUUGAUCGACGACGCCUCCGUCAUCUGCGAAGACAUUGUCAGCACCCUGUUCAACCACGAAACGCGCUACCAGCACAACAAGGUUACCGGCCUCGUCUCCGCCAUCUCCGAUCAGGUGGUGCAGCGGCUGACGCAGGAGGCGAAGCUGCCGCGCAAGUACGUCGUCCUCGUCACGAUCCUGCAGAAGAACGGCGCUGGUAUGCAGAUGAUCUCCUCGUGCUCCUGGAACCCAACGAGUGACGCGUGCUACGUACACAGAGCGGAGAACAAGGCCAUGUGCUGCAUCAUUACAGUCUACGGUGUCACCGUGUAG